AUGGACCAGAAGGCGGCACAAGGGCUCUACGAGCCACGUGCACUUCGCACUAUCCUCAGCAUCGUCUUGUCAGCAGCUCUGGCAUGGUUUCUUCUGGGCCGCAGCCAGCGCCGCCGAGCUGAGAGUCGCUUCGCCGCCGAGAAAGGAUGUCUGCCGCCGAAAACAUGGAACUCAACGUGGCCCUUGGGCUUGGACAUGUUGGUCAAGGCUCUCAAGUACGCCAGGACGAUGCAGAUCCUCCAGUUCUUCCUCGAGGUCGUCGACGACAAUGGUACCACUUUCGUCCAGGAGCUGCUGGGCGCAACGGGAAUCGACACGGUGGACCCAGAGAACAUUGAGGCUGUCCUCUCUGCGAACUUCGAAGGCACCGGCAUCUUCACCCAAGACGGCGCCCUCUGGAAGCACUCCAGGGCCCUGCUCAGGCCCCAGUUCGCCUCCAACAGGUCCCAGAACUUCGAACAGAUCAAGAACUGCGUACAGGACCUCAUCAACUCGAUCCCAGGCGACGGCAGCACCGUCGACCUCCAGCCGCUCUUCUUCAAGCUGACCUUCGACACGACCAUGUUCCUCCUCUUCGGCGAAUCGGUGCUGGACCUCGACUGGGGCAAGGUCGCGGGUCAGGAGUCGUCCUUCGCGCAGGCCUUCAACCUGGCGCAGGACUACCUCGCCCACCGCGGCCGCCUCGGCCAGUUCUACUGGCUGCUGAACGACAGGGCCUUCCGCGAUGCUUGCAGGAGGUGCCACCAGUUUGUGGACGAGGCAGUCGACAAGGCACUGCGGCCGAGCGGCCAGAUACAAGAGAAGGGCAACGAGGAAUUGCGCAGCAAGUACUCGUUCAUUGACGCCCUGGCGGAGCAAACUCAGGAUAGACGGGUGCUGCGGGAUCAGUGUUUCAAUGUGCUGCUUGCAGGGCGCGACACCACUGGCUGCGCUCUGUCUUGGUCGUUUAGGCUGCUGGCUCGACAUCCACAGGUUCUCAACCGGCUGCGAGAGGAAAUUGCCAGCGUGUGUGGCCUUGGACCUGGUUCGCAGCCGCCAUCUCGGGAUGACUUGAAGCCCACACGGAUGCCGUACCUUAGUCUGGUGGUCAAAGAAGUAUUGCGACUCUACCCCUCCGUCCCCGUCAACUCCAGAGAGGCGAUGCGCUUGACUACACUGCCGGUUGGUGGCGGUCCCGACGGCAAGGCGCCCAUUCUCGUUCGGCCUGGACAGGCAGUCGGCUACUGUGUCUACGCAAUGCACCGGAGGAAGGAUAUAUACGGCGACGACGCUGAGGCAUUCCGGCCGGAGCGAUGGGAAGAGGACAGAUUGAAAGACGUGGGCUGGGCAUACCUUCCUUUCAACGGAGGCCCUCGCCUGUGCCUGGGACAAGACUUCGCGCUGCUGGAAGUCUCAUACACCGUGUGUCGUCUGAUCCAGACCUUCCCUCACAUCGCCGUCCCAGUAUCCGAGCCGCACGUCGAAGUAGGCCAGGAGAGGCAGACCCUGACGCUAGUCCUUACGGACAAGAUGGACUCGGAUGUUCGAGGCUCGGAUGUGGUCGAGCUGCCGAUGGACAACAGGGCUGGGGUUGUGGUGGCCGUCGUCUCGACUGUGAUACCGCUUACUGGGCUCGUGGUAGCCAUGCGCUUCUACACUCGACAACGCCUCGACAACUGGAUCGGACUGGACGAUUGGGCCGUCUUGAUAGCACUGGUUUUCAUCAUAGCCAAAGGUAUCACGAUCGAAGAGCACUUCAAGCGCUUUUACUUCGCCGUCAUCUUGUACUACUGCGCGCUGGGCUCAAUCAAGAUUGCCCUGCUACUACAAUACCGGCGCAUCUUCGCUUCAAAGCUCCGCCGAGCGAUCAACAUCGCACUGCUCAUCAUCGGUUCAUGGAGCGUUGGACUGGUCAUGCUCUCCAUUUUCACGUGCCACCCAAUUCGGGGUUACUGGGAAAAGGAGACUAAGGCCACCUGCAUCCCUACUUUUCAGUUGUACAUCCAUUCUGCCGGCAACAUACUGAGCGACAUUGUGAUAUUUACCCUGCCCAUACCGGUACUUUGGAGCAUGCGAGUCUCAAUAGCCCAGCGGCUCCUCCUCAUCCUUGUAUUCUGCUUGGGUCUCUUCAACUGCGCCAUAUCCGGCAUAAGAAUCAAAUACCUACCAAUCGUAAACUUCAACCCGGAUGUCACAUACGAGAACCUCGACGCUACCGCGUGGUCGAUCGGCGAAGUGUGUCUUGCUAUCGUCUGCGCCUGUCUCCCGACCCUGCGUCCUCUUUAUGCCCGCGCUGCCAGGAAGAGAUUUGCAGACUGCCUGCGCUCCAGCUGCAGGCAGCGGAGGAGGCAAUACCACGGAGAGCCGGCGCGAGGCCUUCGCACUCCUGAGGAAGCCGUGGCGGAUCCUUUUGGUUGCUCGAUGUCCCACGAGACCAACGAUGUCGAAAAGCUCAGCCCACGGGCCAGCAUGAAGCCGAGCAUCGACACAGGCUCCGACUAUACGAGAACCGAUUAUACGAGGACCUACCAGUCACGUGCACAGUCUCAAUGCGAUCACUAUGGAUACGAGAUGCUUGAGAGCCCGCAUCCAGAAAGGAAGCUGUCCAGGGCGCCGGCGAAGGCCCCGCUUAGCAGCCCAUUCCAGCCACCCGAGCGACGGCGUCCUUCCGUCCAAAGCAUACUGGAUGAGAUCGUCGUCACUCAGCCGCCGAGCGCCAUUAUACACGAAGCCCUCGGCAGCGACUUCCCGAUCCGGGUCGCGGGAGGCGUUCAGCCUCUCCCUGCUGCACGAGGUCGCUACAGCUCUUUUGACACAAUUGCCAGCGAAGGACUCAGCGCGCCUCGGCCCAGGAUGAGGCGCGUUGGCUCCGAGGGGUCAGCCGUGUCCCAGAUGUCUGAUUUCAACUUCAGCAGAGACCCCAUAACGGCGAGAAUGCCCGUUGACUAUUUCAACAGGGUCGAUUUCCAGGCUGUGGGGUGGGCUGGGUCCGGCCCCAUGUCAUUAAGAGAGGCGGAUCGUGCACCAAGGGAUCUCAUAUAA